CCUAUAAAUGAAGCAAAGAAAAACCAAAGCAACAAUCUCACUAUAUAAUGUUCACUGCCUGUUAAUUCUGCAGCUGCUUAAUUUCGUAUUCCUGUUAAGAUGGAAAUGAAAGAUGGGUGCAUCAACCUUCCUCCAGGCUUCCGAUUUUGCCCCACCGAUGAAGAACUUGUCCUACACUUUCUCUACCCUAAGGCCUUGCUCUUACCUUGCCAUCCCAACAUCAUUCCUGAACUUGAUCUUCAUCUGCUUCACCCUUGGGAACUGAAUGGCAAGGCACUGUUGAGUGGAAACCAGUACUUCUUCUUUACCCAGAUGAUGGAAAAUCGAGUCCUGGAGAAUGGUUAUUGGAAGCAAUUAGAUACUGAGGAACCCAUCUUUGGUGGUGCAGGCAAGAAAAUUGCGAUGAAGCAAUUCUUUUUGUUCCACAUAAAUGAAGCUCCUUUUGGUAUAGAAACAAAUUGGUUGAUGCAAGAAUAUCAUCUUUGUAAUUGGGACUCAACUCUAACAUCAUAUAAACCAAAAGGAAAUCAAAAAUUGGAUUGUAGUAAAUGGGUUCUAUGUAGAGUUGAAGAGAGUAAGGGUAAUUCUCAGAGCUUCAGCUACAGCAAUGAAGAUGAUGGAACUGAGCUUUCAUGCCUUGAUGAAAUGUUCUUGUCAAUGGAUGAUGAUCUUGAUGAUAUAAGUUCCUCCAAAUUCUUCUGAAUUAUAACUAGUUUCUACUUAGUUUAGCUCUUUCUAUAUCUUCGGAUGUAAAAUGAAUUUGGCUGUGUUUGUAGGUAGUAUUAUGCUUAUGUCUAAACAUCCAAGUAUAUUUUUAUUUUUCCUUUUCUCAAUCAACAACGAUCCUGGGGUUUUCUUUUUCUUUUCCUUUUUUCUGGCUAAAAUGCACAAUGGAUAUUAGACGAGAGAUUUGCUCUCAUAUUUAUUUAUCCUUGAAGACCGCUUAUUCAAAGGGGCAAGGCUUGCCACCAAUGCUUGCUGUGUGUUUUUUCUCUUGCAACCAUAGCCUGAGCUUUGUUAAGACUUGGCAAGGGAUCACAACUCACCACGUCGAUCACAACAACCAUUUAAAACCAGAAGAAAUUCCUUCUGCUGCCCCACAAAUACCUUUAGGCACUUUUGAAUAUAUAUGUGUAAUAUGUUCCUAACUCUUCAUCCCCAUGAACCUUUAAUA